GAGGCGGCGGCAGAGACAGAGGUACAGGUGCCUCCGCCGGGCGACCGCCGCCCGCCAGCCCGCCCGCCUUGGCACCAGGCCUUCACGGCCCCUCUCCCGCCUCACACUCCGGCCUCCUCACCGCCCGGCCAAAUGCAGGCCGUCGCCCUCCCCGAGGAGAUCCGUUGGCUCAUGGAAGAUGCUGAGGAGUUCUUGGGAGAAGGUUUGCGGAAUGAGAACCUCAGUGCUACUGCAAGGGACCACAGAGACCAUAUACUAAGGGGCUUCCAGCAAAUCAAAACUAGGUACUAUUGGGAUUUUCAGCCCCAAGGGGGAGACCAAGCUGAAAGUUUCCUUGGACAGGACAGCUCUGAUGAUAACCAUAGUGGAACUCAUGGCCCCUCUCUCACAUCAGAUGCACCUUUUUUGCCUGAUUAUCAGGAUGAGGGAGCGGAAGACAUCACAAGAGGAGCUCAAGAGCUGGAUAACAUCAUCAAGCAAGGAUACUUGGAGAAGAAAAGCAAAGAUCAUAGUUUCUUUGGAUCGGAAUGGCAGAAACGAUGGUGUGUCAUCAGCAGAGGCCUCUUCUACUACUAUGCUAACGAGAAAAGCAAGCAGCCCAAAGGGACCUUUCUCAUUAAGGACUACAGUGUCCGGAUGGCCCCGCACCUGCGAAAAGAUUCCAAGAAAGAAUCCUGCUUUGAACUGACCUCCCAGGACAGGCGCAGCUAUGAGUUUACAGCUGCUAAUCCAGCUGAGGCCAGAGACUGGGUGGAUCAAAUAAGUUUCUUGUUAAAGGAUCUGAGCUCCUUAACCAUUCCAUAUGAAGAGGAGGAGGAAAAGGAGGAAGAAGAAGAGAUGUAUGACGAUAUUGAUGGCCUUGACUCCCCGAAUUCCAGUUCCCAGUGCAGACCCGUCAUCUUGCCUGGGAGUGUGGGGCUAAAAGAGCCCACAAAGGAGGAGGAAGAAGAUAUUUAUGAAGUCUUGCCAGAUGAAGAGCACGAUCUGGAAGAGGAUGAGAAUGGGACUCCACAUAAAGGAGUGGACUAUACCAAUUAUUACCAGGGCCUAUGGGAUUGCCAUGGUGACCAGCCAGAUGAACUAUCCUUCCAACGGGGUGACCUCAUCUACAUUCUGAGCAAGACCAAAACCCUGAAUAAUGGAAAAAAGAGAAAGUGACUGCCAAGAACUUAAACCAUGGUUUGAAACAGCCCAGGGAGGCAGCCAAGCUACUCAAGGUUUCAGCGGAGCGCGGAGCGCUCCAGUCAGUCCUCUGACAGCUUCCAACAUCACGAAUCCACCGUCCACCCGACUGAUCACUUCCUUUUUCCUUCUGUAAAAUGUCUCCACAAAACCUCUUAUGCUGCAAAGCAGGCACCUGCUUGUCUUUGGUGAACGAUCCCUGUCCCCCACCUUGCUCUCCUCAGCAGUUGGAAGGGCGCUGAGUUAGAGCCCUCAAUUUAUUUAAUAAUUUAUGACAUCCUCAGAAAGCAUUAAAUUUCCAAAGCUGGAUUUAAGGAGUAGAGAAACUGAGGGCCAACCCAAGAGUAAAAAUACAAUGUUUUUGGCUGACCAUGGGAUAUUACAAUCUACUCUGCUUAGGAAUUCGAAUUUCCCAUCUUUACUUAUGAUGAUGUCAGAUGCAGAACCACUGAUAAAAGAAAUAAGCAAUCAUAAACCAAUAAUUCUGUGAUUCAUUGGCCCUUCCCAUACAUAUAUCAGGCACCUAUCGAUCUCCCAUGUCAGGAGCUGACUGAUUGUUCUCUUGAAGAGGAAUCCUCUUAUUUACAAGCGCUGAUACAGUGAACUUUGAUGGUUAAAAGAACAAAAUGUGAGACAUUUUCUGGGAAUCUUGUUCCAUGGAGGCUUAUCGAAGCCCAAUUCAGGGUGAACAGAGAACAUCUCUGUUAGGAGCAUUCUCAGGGUAGACAGUGUCAAGCAGCUUGUUCCCAAAGCCAUCAUGUGGCUUUGAACAAGAGCCAUGAGAAGACAGCACAACUUUUAAGUCACAGUUAAAGGGAUGGGGCCUUAGUGGUACACCUGAAAGUAAUAUAACAUUGUACAUCAAGUAUAUGUCAAUAAUAAAAGAAAAAAGAGAGAGAAAGACGGUGCCUUAGAAGGAAUGAGCAAGCCUGGUCAGCCUUAGAAGAAGGAGCAGACUCUUCUACAGCUGGAAGGCUGAAGCCUAGGAAAGCCAGCAUGGCAGGAACAAGGAUUCCUGAUUUCCUUUCGCUGUGUUUUUAAACGCGGAGGCUGGGGAGAGGGUGGAUGGAGAUGGCCACACUGGGCCAAAGUGCGGAUCCAGGCCAGAGAGAUCAUUGUAUUUUCCCCCAAGAGCACUGGUUCAUAAACUCUAGAGGGUUCACAAACCCUUCGAGCAUCUGACAGAAGUUCUGGACCUCACCCCAGGGACAAGACACAUGUACACGUGCACACACAAUUUUACACCAAUUUCAAGGAACUCAAAGAUCCCUUCGUGUCCAUCCGUGGACAGGCCAGGGGUUCGCAGACUCCAUUUUAAGAAUCUGUGCCCUAGAGGGUGGUGCUUUCCUUUUGUUGGAACAGCCUAGGAUUCACUGAGCCUAGAAAUUGAAUUCUUAUCCCAAGACAGGAUGGUCAUUCCAGGUCAUGUCUGUGCUACUCCAGGGGAGCCAUGGAAGAGCUUAUACAAAUAGGAACCAGCAGGGAGGAGAGAAAUUAAAAUGUAGCAAUCAUGGAGUAGGGGUAUUUAAUCUCUUUUAAGGCUUAUGAUAGGCGCCUGCUGGUUUUCCCCCUGAUAUCCCCUGACACCUACUGACAGGGUAUUUGCAGCACCACACAGGGACUCAGGGCCCUGUGACAGGAGGAGCGCUGAGGAGGUCCAUGAUAGUCUUGAAACCAUAAACAGCAAUAGGAAACCACUGGAGGCAGAGUCAAGCUGUGCAACGUGCCCGUGGUUGGUGGCCAUACUGCUUUUUGUUUAUAGAAUUUGCUGUUCUUUUUAUGGCAGGUUUGGUAGGGUUGGGUUUUUUUUCCUUGUUGAUGGAGAUUAGCAGCAUAAAUCCUUUUAUGGCAGUGUGCAAUCCCCCAUAAACACUUCUGAUUGUUGCUGAUGGUGAGCGCUGUGUCUAUUUCAAGUUCACUCAAUGUUCUGCUCAUCUAGGCCAAUAGCUUGUCCAGCCAGAUAAGGGAGUCCAAAUAACCAACCUUUACUUUUAAGAUCCCUUCAUUUGGGGAGUUCAAGGAGGUGGGACAGGGUUGGUGUUGAGGGAAACGGAUAUUUAAUCAAGCCUCAAGAUAAUAAUGAUGAGAACAAACCACACGUCGUACUAUUUUUGAGUGAAAAGCUUCUAAAAAGACUUUGUGACGACAAGCAAGUGCCUAUGUUAAGGGCUUGUUUCCUCUUUUUAAAAAAAAAAACAGCUUUUUAUAUUCUUAUCUAAAGCAUCUUCAGUUAACAAUUUUGUGUAAUUAACCUCUUAGCUCUACCAUACAUGAUGUAUAUAGAGUCAAGGACUGAGGAGCCUGUACAGUUCUGAUUCCUUAACAUCAUGGCCACAUAUCCCCACCUUGGAGGUAGAAACACUACCGCGUUGAGGAUUUUAGGUCUCCCGGGAGCAUCUCAGCACUUUUUCUGGUUUUUCAAAACAUCUGGGCACAAGAAGUCAAACUUCAUUGAAAACGUUGAUCCCAAGAAUUCAGUUCUCUCUCCCAUCUCAAAACUAAAAUCCAAGGAUCAGCAACUUCAUAAAAAUGCAGUAAAUUAGCACCUCUAGACAAGAGCAGAGUUCAUUCAGAGCCGGGGUCUGCCUGGCUGAGCCAGUACUCUCUCCAUUUUAAUAGUUUAAUAAAAAUUAGCAUAAUUAACGAACAUCUGUAUGAUCCAGAGUGGUGCAAUUUGGCACUUGGAAACGAGGGCUUAAACAUGAUUGCUGUGAGUUUAAUGUUGUUUUAAUUCUUUUUGGCACUGUGCAGUGAAAUGAACGUUUGGUGGUGAUAGUUCUCGGCCGGAUCUCAUCUGCAUUUUUCUCCCUUUGAUUAUGAGCAAUUGUGGACUCCCCAGCAAUUCAUCAAAGUAGAAAUUAUUUUAAAAUACCUCGUGGUGUUCAGACUGGGCUGGGGCAAUGCAUGGGGGGUGGUAGCGGAAGAGAAGGCUAGAAAUUUUCCAUUCAUGCUUUAAACAUCUCAGGCCCUGCAGCCUUUUUGCGUCUCCAACCAAGGGAUGAAAUCUGGAAAAGCCAGUCAGAUCCCAAGACCUGUAGGUGCUUUGAUUAAGCUCCUAGGCUCCCACAGCAGGAUGCUUAUGGUCUCUGAGAUGGUGCCAUCCUCCUUACGCUCUGCCUGCUCUUUUGUUUUGAAGGGCAAAGAGUUGAUUUCACUCAUCGCGGGUCUCACCGCUGUGGUAAGGCUACUACAUCUGCGGUCGGCAGGGUCAGUGCUCCCCUCGAGCGAGAGCCCGCCGACUGGGAGCCUGGCCUUAGCAGGUGUCCUGCUGAGGCUCAUCUGCUCCCUGUUUGCACCCUCUUCGAGCUGGCAGAGAGCGCCUUCCCAAGGCUUAGUCCCUGCUCCUGGCAUUAUGGCCAAAGGCGGAUGCGACGAAGCAGGAGUCAGAGUCAGGUGUCUUGACCGGUCCCUAGGAAGGGAAUGCCCGAUCUGAGCCCCUCAGGUGAUGAAGACGACACCAUGUGGCAGGUGGAAGACCACACUUCACACAUGUUUCAGAAAGUUGACUUCGAGCAGAAGACUGUCAAACAACAUUGUGCCCACCCUCUGCCUGUGAGGAGGCGGAAGAGUAAAGCUAGGGUUUUUGUGAGUAACAGCGAGGGAGGAAGACAGAAUAUGUGUUCCCCUUCACAGCAAGGCUUUAAAUGGUGUUCCAGCAACACGCUAAACAAAAGGCAACACUACAAGAAAACAUCAGGCGGAAACUGCCCUAACUUUAGUGUUGGAAAAUGGACGGUAACAUAACUUGUACGGAGAGGAGCUUAAAUUGUCCUGACAGGCAGAGGCUAAGGAGCUCUGGGUAAUUUCCCACAAGGCAGCGCGGACAGUAGGGAGAAGCUGGCCUGGGGGACGAAGGGAAUGAGAAGGCGUGGGGAGACGGCGUGCUGGGUGGUAGACACAUUCAUUUAUUUAAAACUGGCUUUCAGGGGCGCCCGGGCGGCUCAAUCAGUUGAGCGUCCAACUUAAGCUCAGGUCAUGAUCUC